ACAAAAGCAUCAUUUCAAUCAUUAGUAUACGUAUACAAAAUAUUACGAACGCCCUAACCAGUCUAGUGGCAGUAAAAAGCAUGUCGUCGUCGGCGGUGCUCCGGUCCGCCUGCCGCGCGCUCCGCCGGUCUUCUUCGUUCCCGCGAGCCCUCUUCGCCAAGGAGCAGCGGUUCUUGCCCCGCUCGCCGAUGCCUACGCGCCGGCUCUACAGAUCCGACGACUGCGUCAGGAAGGCCGAGCUGAGCAAGUAUUCCCAACUAGAUACUCAAGCAAAACUUCAAAAUUCGGGACACGAAACCUCUAUCGUGCCACGCAAGAAGACGAAGGUGCCCCUGACACUCGACCAAGUAUACCGUAUCUUUGAUGAGCGGGAGAUUAUGUUAAAACAACUCGAAGUAGCGAUAAUAGAGAAGAUCAAGCGUGACAGGCGUAGACGAGUGUUGUUGGGUGCUUCCAUCUUCAGCGGCCUUGCCAUUUACGUGAAGCAACGUUUCUUUGGUGGGAGUCAAGAGGUCGAGGGGAGCAAUUAAACCCUUGGUUCAGUGGGCAUAUCUACAUGUGUACAACUUGAGUAUAUAUUGCAAAAAAGCUUAUCGUUUGUGUUUCAUUAGACUUGCUGUCAUAUUUGCGAAAAGAGUAAAAAGUCAACCUGGUCCUUCAAGUUUCAUCAGAUGACCAAUUUGGUCCCUCAUCUUUAAGUAAACCAAUUGGAUGGAGCAAAGCAGCCAUUUGGAUGACUUGUCGUGACACCUAAAUACCUAAUCAUUCUUGUUGUAGUAGAAUUGUAGACAAAGA